AUGAAAAAGAGGCUUUUGGCUAGGAUUCUUCCAUCAAUUUCGGAAGAAGAAGAAACUAGAAGCAAAAGCCUUUCAGAAUUAAAACAUGAUGAUCGCCAUGAAUAUUUGGAUAAUGAGAAGAAUGAUGAUGAUUUUGAAAAUAACCAAUCGGAAGGGACAAAUGACCAUGAUGAAAUGAGUAUUCAUGAGGACGAUGAUGAACAAUUCUCAACGUAUUGGGAUGAAAUUCCUUGUGAUAUCGUCCGAGAAAUUUGUAACUUUUUAUUUCCGUUGGAUUAUUUGAGGCUUUUGUGGUUAAACAAACACUGGAAUGGAUGUGUGCUAUCAUUUACAAACACUGUGAAAGAAUUUCGAUUUACCAAAUAUAUUUAUGACAAAAUUAUGAAAACCUCGUUCGACUAUUCAGAAGCUUUAUACGAAGGACAAUCCUCACAUUCAGAGGAGCUAUUACAGUCACAGUAUAUGGUAUUUAAAAAACGCAAUGAACUUCAAGUGAAAUCUCUCUUUAGAAAUUUGUUCAACAAUAUUUCUCAGUUAUAUUUUAGCGAUUUAUUUAUUGACAAGGAAUUAAUGAUUUGGUGCCUCAGCGGAGGAAGAGAAACGACCAAUGGCCAACCCAUUCAAGAUGUAAAUACAAUAUUACACAAAUUGACCUUUUUCAAUUGUAAAUUAGAGACGGGACUUGCUGAGUCUAUUGCUAGAAAUGCAUCCCAACUGAAACAAAUUCAUCUUCCAUAUACAGGAUUUUUCAGCAUGUCUAAAAUAUUCGAAAAGGGUAUUCGCUAUGAUGUUUUUCAAACACAGUACAUUAGUUUUUUAACAUUGAAAAGAGCUCUCUCAUCUUUACAGACAAACUCUCUAACAAUGGCUACAUCAUUCGACGCUCAAGCAUCUGAAAUUCUGGGAAAUAUAGAUUUUGAUGAAUUGCGGCCGUUUUUCUGUUCGUGUACCAAUCUCAGUUUUGAAACAUUGAAAUAUAUAUUCCUAGAAACAUACAAUGAAAUAUCAGAGUCCUAUAUCCCAAAUGUUAUUUUGGAAGAUUACAAACCAAAGCUGGAGCAAGAAAAUUCUGAGACUCUUGUGUUUAAAAAGAACAAUACGUUCUAUACUUGUGCUGUACUUCCAGAUCUCGACACUUCAAUCAUUAUUCCUUUAGAUAAUUUUGACAUUUCCAUCAAAUCCAGAAAGCUACUUGAAAAGUCUGCCAGCUCUAUCAGCAGUGCCGAUUCAUCCGAUGAAGAAGAAGAAGAGGAGUUACAAUUUGGUCGAAAGAAAACUUUACGUGAUUACCAAAUGUUACAAAGUACGGUUCCAAAUCACAUGAGUCUACUAUGUUAUUGCGAAAUUGAAUCGUUUAAAGACAGAAGUGAUUCCAUCACAUCAUACAUUGAAGCUGUAUCUACAGCAUCAUGCUACAUUCCUGGCGAAUUUCCGUGCGUAAUGGUCAGUUAUCUUAUUAACGAGCCUUGUACAUUCGAUUCUAUUCUGGAAUAUUGCAAUUCAAUUCAGCAACGGAAUAUUGAAAGAUCCAAGUUUACACUGGUCAACUAUUAUGGCAUUGAAAAUCAUUCUCCAAUUUAUGGACAUUUGCAACGACUAUGCGACACUAUUUGCUGGGGCGACACAAGACAUGUAGAGUAUUUGUUGAAUAUGGGAUUUCAUGUCCAUGACCUCUUGUUUAACACAACACUAGCCAUUGAGUCAUCCAUGACUAAUGAAAAAGAGUCUUAUGAAUAUUUUGUAGCGGAUUUUAUGAUUUCAUUGAUGUUUUUUGGGAUUGUUCACUCUCAAACCGAUUCGAGAAAAUUUAUUGAUCUACUUCACUUACUUUCAAAUUUUGGAAUGCAGAAAUUAGUGGACCCUCUAUUACAUGAACUGACACAUCACUUGCAUCAAAACCAUAAUUUUAAUUUCGACCAUUGGUCUACCCUCGACUUGCUUAUUUGUUUAAAAUUAUAUCGAUGCAUGUUAUCCUUUUCCAUGAUAUUUCCUGUUCUCAAUAGUGACUGUUUCAUAGAUAUUGAAUCUGAUCAUGAAGAUUUCCGUGUUCGAAAUUUGUUAAAUCUCGAUCAUUUUGAAGCUAAUUUAGAAUAUAUAUGGUCCAAAUUAUUACGAUCCAUGGAAUCACUAAUUACUCAAUUUUGGGCACGAAGGGCAACCUUUAAAUUACGUCAUGACAGCAAGAAUCAUACAGACAGGAAAACCAAGAAGAGUAAGCUCAGUCAUCCCAAUACUGCUGAAACAAGAACCAAACGUGAACAGCCCAUGCGAUUUACAAAAAUUUUAAAGCUUUUACAAAACGCAGAAGCAACGUCAACACUUUUCGGGAAUUCCUCUUCAUCUCAAAAAACAGCAGUGGAUGAAAAAUUGUUUAUCAACAUGUCAUUUUGGAAUUUUAUGUUGUAUAGAGAACAAUGUGACGAACGAUACGAUCAUAUUUCAUCAACAACAAAUGGAGAGGGUCACCAGAACGAUUGGAAUGGCAUACUUGAGGAAUUGGACUUUGAUUGGUUUUUACAUUGUGACAAUGAAGGUCAUGCUAAUUGCUUACAAUCUCUAUUUUAUCGAAUUGGAUCAGAUCCGAGAUUUGAAUCUCCUUUAUUAUCAGCAAUUUUAAAUUGCAAUGAAAAUGGAUUGCGAUUUUUGAUGGAUUAUUUACCUACAAUGAACGAAAAUUAUAGAACUGAACGGUUUGAAGAAUGGUUAAACUAUCCACGCUAUUAUGAAGGGACACGAUCUAUUUCAAUGUUUGACAUGAUUCACAAUAACAAUAUCCUACUUCAAAUGUGUGACGCCUUAGUAUUGCGACCUAUUUUGAUCAUGGGGCGGUGGUUACUAUGUGUAAACCAAGCAGACUGCGAAAACAGGGCCGAGAUACCCGAUCAAAAGAGUGCAGUUACAAAGGCACUUUGUAACUUCAUUGUUGAUGUUUUUUUCGAGGGAGGUUUGUUGCGAACCUUGCCGGGAAAAGAAGUGAACAUGUCCAAGUUUUUAUCGCGCAUGGAAGCUAAAAAGAAAUUGCCGAGCUACGAUAUGAAGCAUUGCUAUUCGAUAUCUGAAGAUCGAAGACUUUCCAUGUUGGUUUAUUUGACGCAACUAGGUGCAAAAUCGACCACCUCACGUAAAAGCAUGUAUCGAACCAAGUAA